CAAGAACAAAAUGGCGGACGUAGAGGAAAAGGAAAAUUUUAUAGCUAGCGCGACUCACAAAAAGCCAAAACAGAGCGCAAGUCUUGUUACGGAUGUGCUUUUGAAGUCUGCUCGUUUAGAGAAGGAAGACAUAAACUCAUGUGUUAAGAAAACAUUACAGAAAGCAGAGGAAGUGAAGGCAGAGGUCCUUCAGGCAAUAUACAAGGAAUAUACAUUUGAUGAAUUUUUAGACUUCUGUAAUUCAACCUUUGAAAUGAACUGGAAUGUGAACAACCUUCUCACUGAAAUUCAAAAUGUUUUUGGCAGACUGAAGAGCACAGUGGAAGGUCCUCUUGAUGCUGCUGCUCAUGAACAUGGUGACCUUGUGAAACAGUUAAGAGAGACUGAAGCCAUUGCAGAGCUCCUCAAAAGACUCCAUAAGAUCCAUGAAGCAUUGGACGCCUUCCCUGGGGAGCUCAAUAAAGCUGCAUAUUAUAAUGCAGCUAAGCUUGUGCAAUCUGUGAAAGAACUCCUGUCUGAUUUACCUAAAGCUGGCCAGGAAGGACGGAUUUUUAUUGCCCUCAGAGAGGAAUGGGGAAGACAGAAGGCACAGCUGACUGCAACACUGGAAAGGGUGUGGACCAAAAGUAUUGCAUGGACGACACCUACUACAGCAUCACUGGACAACAGCCAGGGACAUCUGAAAACACAACUCAAGCUGGACCCAACUGGCUGUUCAAUGAGUAACGUUCUUCAAGCAAUGGAGGCACUUGGUAUUUUGGAAAAAAGAUUUAGAGUGUUUGGAAAGAAGCUGGUGCAGUUUAUAUUUCGUCCCAUAACACUGUUUCCCAGCUUAAAGCCACAAGUUGAUAAAACAAAACAAGAAAUUACAACUGUGUCAUUUGCAAAGGAAAGUGGAAAAAAGAUCAUUGAUCCUGCCUUGUUGUAUUCAAAGUUCUCAGAAAUCCUUGUCAUUUUGAGAAACUUCUUUCAAGGAAGUAGGAAAGAAGAUGAUGAAAAGUCAGAGGCACUUAAUGUGUCAAGUUCAUCACUUUUUGCGAAACUAGGUGAAUAUAUAUGGCCUGAUCUGUCAGAAACUAUUAUUACAGAGUGCCUCAAGAAAUCAGUUCCUAACACAAGUGCACAGUUGGAAAAGUAUCAAGAUGUCAUAAAAGCCACUGAGGAAUUUGAGACAAAGCUUGUGUCUUUAGGUUUAGUCCCUGAAGGAACAAAUAAUCUGACAUCCUAUGUAAAGGAUGUUGGUAUUCACUUUGGAAACAAAAAGUGUCAAGAUCUUCUGGUCAGGGCACGUGAUCUGAUGAAGGAUGACAUUCACAAUACUGUGUUGGUGGACAGCAAGAAAGACAAGGCAGUUCUACAGAGUCUGGGUGAUAUAAAGAAAGCAUUAUCAGAUAACAAGAAAGGAGUAAAGCAUGAACCAUUGCAGAGAGAUCCAGCUAACACACUAAGCAAGUUUACAUUCUGCCUUCCAUCCUGCCGAAUCAGUGAGAGUACAGAGAAACUAAUGAAUCUGGCUUAUGAAACUUUGAUAGAAGCAACACAAUCUACCCCACAAUGUGCUAUUCAGCUCUUCUACAGUGUUCGUAACAUGUUUGAGUUAUACUGCAAUGUGGUACCCACUUAUCAUCAACAGCACUUGAGCAAAUUACCUCAGUUGUCUGCUCUGCAUCAUAACAACUGCAUGUACAUCGCUCAUCACCUUCUCACUCUUGGACAUCAGUUCAGAUCCAAGUUGCCAGAGCCUCUUAAUCAGAGCGUGGCUACUUUUGUGGAUCUGGUGCCAACCAUAAGACAUAUGGGAGAAAAAUGUUUCCUUGAACAACUGAGAAAGCAAAGGUCUAAUUUGUUGGAAGUUGUGCAGGGGAACAAAGGUUUUGCAAAUGUGCAUGAGGAUGAAAAAGGUUUGCAGGUUGAGAAAUCAAUGAAACAGAUUUUACAUCUCUUAACAAAUCUUGGAAAAGUGUGGAACGGUAUUUUACCAGUUGAUAUUUAUUGUCAGGCCUUAGGAGCCUUAUUUGAUGACGUCUUACAAAACAUUGCUUCGGAAGUUACCCAGAUGGAGGAUAUUUCAGCAGAAGAGGCUCAUCAGCUUCAUUCAUUAUUAUCCAUACUUGUAGAGCGAGGGUCUGAAAUAUUCCAAAAUGUACAGGAAGCAAACUCAGAAUCAGCAGAAAACAGCUGGGAUUUAUGCACAGUUGUACCUCAUUGGAUUCGUUAUAAAGAGCUGAUAGCAAUAUUGGAAGCCAGUUUACAAGACAUUGUGGAUAGAUGGGCAGAUGGAAAGGGUCCCUUGGCACAUGAAUGUAGUGCUCAAGAGGUGAGAGGCUUGAUAAGGGCCCUGUUCCAGAACACUGACAGAAGAGCAGCAGUAUUGGCAAAGAUAAAGCCAGUACAAACAUAGUACAUUAUAAAUACUGUCACACAUUAGACGGUUACAAAUUCCCUCAAUGUUACAUAUCUUGGAGUUAACUCAAAGCAUCACUCAUCCAUAGACAGUGUUCUGUCCUCUCUUAUUUGAAGCACAACUGGUAUGAGAAAUUUUCAAAACAGUUGAGCAAUCCUUUUACCAGUUAAAUUUCCAAGACUUCUUAGAGAUUUUAGGAAGUAAUAGGAGGUAUUACAUGCAGCAAACUUUACCUGUGACUGCCUGAAAGAGAACACUGCAGAGAGCAAGUGAGUGGAGUUAAUUAUCAGCUUUGUGUGGUUGAGGACUGUCAAUCCACCAGGAUCAUUAGAUCAAGGCUAUUCGGUUGGCCCAGGUGCCUGAGUUAAGCACCCCCUGCUGUUGAUAAAAGUAGCAGUCUGUUACAAUACGAAAAAUGUUAAGGGAGGCUUGGUGAUCUAUCAGCAUUGGCCUUGUACAGUUGGCAUUGUAUGAUUCUGCAUAGUGAUGAACCAAAUGAUUACGAACUCAAGAUCACCUCUUGUGAUCGUUAUGUCGUUGUGUUUCUCUGAGUCUCCAAAAUACAAAAUGGGUCUGUUGCCUUACUCCAUGCUAAGUUUAAUAAUAAAAGGAAUAUUUAGCAUACACAAA